UCUCAUCAUUUUCCUACUCAUAACCCAAAAUGGCUCUCAUCAACCUCUCCCUUUCUCUCCUUUGUGUCUUGAGUACUUCUAUCAUGUUCCCCUCUAUGGCUCAAGACAUGUCUCAAGACUUUGUCGAUGCCCAUAACGCCGCUCGUGCACAAGUCGGUGUUGGACCCAUCCAAUGGGAUGAAACUGUGGCAAACUAUGCCCGACAAUAUGCCAACCAACGCGCCAACGAUUGCCAGAUGGUCCACUCUAAUGGGCCUUAUGGGGAAAAUCUUGCAGGAAGCUCGGCUGACUUAUCGUGCACUGACGCAGUUCAAAUGUGGGUAAACGAAAAACAAUUUUAUGAUUAUAACUCCAACUCGUGCCUUGGCAACGAGUGUCGCCACUACACUCAAGUAGUGUGGAGUAAAUCUGUUCGAAUUGGAUGUGCAAAAGUGAGAUGCAACAGUGGUGGUACUUUCAUCACCUGCAACUAUGACCCGCCUGGCAAUUACGAAGGUCAAUGGCCAUACUGAAGAAUGUCACCUUAAUAGUAAGAGGACGUGCACUAAAGUUAUGUUCGAGUCAAUAAGAGAAGCUUUGAAGAGUCGUGUAUCCCUUUUUAUCAAUCUCUCAUUUAGCCACCUUUUAAGCAUUGGGUCUCUUUUUAUUGCUUCUUUUGUCUUCCUCCUUUGAGGCUAUGAGCAUUAGUUUAUGUUAUUAAAUAGUUUUUAUGGCAUGUCAAAUAUAGAAAAAUUAUACUUUAGGUCCUAAAGUUUGGGUUA